AUGACGACCUCCAAUAUCUUGUCGCUUCCUUUUCGGAAGUCGACCCAGCUCUCGCUCGCCUCGUCGAUCCGCCAGUACAUCUCGAAGAAGUACGACCAGCACCCGGACAUGUUUCGCCAGGACCUCGAGGUGAUCGACUUCUUGCGCCGCGACGCCGUCAACUCGCGUGACGCCCACCCCAGCGGGAUUAAGAAGUUGCAGACAUACGCCGGGCAGCUCGUGGGGAUGAAUGGGAAAUUCCCCGUCGAUAUCGGCGUCGACUUCACAUGGUAUCCCGCGCUGGGCUACCACACCGAACAUCCCCUAGUCCAGAACAACCUCACAUACGAACUCAUGAACGUCCUCUACAACCUGGCCGCAUUAUACUCGCAGCUUGCCAUGUCAUCCAACCGGGGCAGCACCGAGGGUCUAAAGACAGCAGCGAGCUACUUCUCCCAAGCCGCCGGGGUGCUAAAGCAUAUCAGGACCGAAGUGCUCCCCGAGCUGCGCAUGCCCAACCCGCCCGAUGAUAUGGACGACGCGACGCUGGAGUCCCUGACGGAGUUGUUCCUGGCUCAGAGUCAAGAGUGUUUUUGGCAGAAAGCCGUGAUGGAUGGGUACAAAGACGCCUCGAUCGCCAAGCUAGCCGCGCGAGUGUCGGAUCUUUACAACCUAGCCGGGGAGGCGGCGAUGCGCAGCGAGGCCAUCAGUUCUGCUUGGAUCCACCACAUGAGUGCCAAGCACCACCACUUCGCCGCUGCCGCCCAGUAUCGCGCUGCGUGGGUUGAAGGAAAUGCAGGGGGAGGGUACAUCAACAAGGCCGUGGUGGACGAUCUUCAGGGGCUGAAAAGACGAGUGGAGGAUGACCUUAAGCGGGCCGACAAAGACAACGACAUUCUUUACCUCCAGAUCGUUCCACCGAAGUCUGAACUGAAAAUCCUUGAACGCGCGAACAUGGCCGUGGCUCGUGUCCCGCCGCAGGUUGCAAACCCGCACGAGUACAUGGGGGACCACGCCGAGUUUGGGCCUGCCCUGUUCACCAAGCUGGUUCCGUUUUCUGUCCAUCUGGCCGUUUCCAUUUACGAGGAACGGAGGGAUCGUCUCGUCAACAACAAGAUUGUCGUGGAACUCGAGACCAUGACCGACAAGCUGCACGAGAUCCUCUCCAGCUUAAACCUUCCCGGCUCACUGCAAGCACUCGAGAAGCCGUUGGGGCUGCCUGGCACCCUUACGCAACACGCCGACGAAAUUCGGCAGGCCGAUGCCAUCGAUCGACUUCAACGCGGCCUCACUGAUAUUGAGAAGCUUUGCGCGAGCGACAAGGCGGUGUUUGACGAGGGUCGAUCGCUGCUGGCAGCCGAGGAGGAGGAGGACAACAGUAUGCGGCUGAAACAUGGCACGCAGCGCUGGGCGCGGCCAGAGUCUCGGGUCGAACCGAGCCGCGACGGUGGUUCCAGGCUGUGGAACCAAGCGGCCGAGAUCGAGGGUUACUUUGCCUCGAGUACCUCUAGCGAUGCGGUGGUCCGUGAGAAAUUCGCAGCGGUCAAGGACACACUGGCCAUCCUCGCCGGCCCUGACCGAGGCUUGAUGGACUACAUCCCGAACAGUAGGAAGACCGAGAUCCCUGAGCUCCUGAAACCAGCCAUAGGAAGGUUGAGAGGUGCUUACAACGACGUCCUGCGUCUCGAAUCCAGGAGGAGAAAACGCAUCGAGUCUCUUCGGGCCAGAAGCCGUGCCGAUGAGAUCAAAACGGAUUAUUCUCGGAGAAGCGGCGCGUCUGGAACGGUUAUAUCCCAACACUCCGAUUUCGUGGAGAAGGAACUGGCGGAUCAAGAGAAGACCAUCGAGGAUCUCCAACGGGCGAACCGAGAUUUCGAGGCGCAGAAGCGGAGCAUUGGCGAGAAGGGGAGUCACGAGAGAGAGAAAGCACUGCAGCGGCUCGACAACGCGUACUAUAAAUACAAGGAGAUUGUCAGCAAUGUGGAGGUGGGGAGGAAGUUCUACAACGACCUCAGCAGGAUCGUCGAGGGGUUCCGGAACCAGGCGCGCCAAUGGGUCAACGAGAGGAGGAAGGAGGCGCGCGCCCUCGAAGACCUCAAUCCAAUCGGCAGACCAUCCAUGCCCCGCCACCGGUUGAGGCGCAGAUCCAGAGUUGGGCCGACAACGUACAGCCGCAGCAACCCCGGGCCAAUACCACCCGUCGCUCCCGUUGCUAGUAUGCAGGGUGCAUGGACCCCUGAGAUGGGGAUACGAUUCAGCGGGCCGCCUGCCACCGGCGGGAGUAACAAUCUCCAGGCGGGAAGACAGGGAGCAACGAAGCCGCCUACGAGAGGGGCGUGGGACCCGAAUACCGGGAUUCGCUUUGGUUAA